GUGAGUCAAGAGAGGUUGUAUAGUGUUGUUCGUGCGUGUACGAGUUAAUCAAAACAACGGAUUACUCUGCGAUUGUGGAUACAAAAUUGCUUAUAUUCUUCUGUGUGCGAUCAUUAUUUAGGAUAUUUUGUGGAGUUUGUGUCAAAGCCUUGAGGAUUUUCUUUUAAACUGUGCUGUUUAUAAGUUUUGUUUCACCGGCCGGUUGUGGAAGAUUUUCAACUCUUGCUGGUAUCGUACCGCAGUGGAAUGGUAUAACAGGAUACAGUGUAACUGAAAGAAAGAAUAUUUCUAUUACCAUGAGGAACUCGUUUUCUUCUGUCAGUUAACUAUGAUUACUGACGAUAGUGCCCAGUACCAUCAAUGGUACAAUGAUAUAAAUACUGUAAAGAAAAUGAUGCUGGAAAACGUAGGUACUUUAUGCCCCACCUGUUGCACUCCUUUUGACAAAGGGAAGCAUAGAAAACUCAUUGAUACAUGUGGUCAUGAACUGUGUUACAUGUGCAUCAAUUCAGACCAUUGCCCAUUAUGUGUUUACCAUGCCCAAGCUCAGUCACAGCAUCGCCUCACCCAAGACAAUGGCAUUCCAAGGCCUCGUCUGAAAACCAAUGGACAUUUCACAGCCUAUAUGCAGACCAGGGAGAGAGUAUCCCCUGAGAGACCCCUGCCAGGGGCAAAUCUUCCUCCUAAAGUCAAACCUCCUGUGCCUGAAAGAACAGUAUCUGGUUAUAGCCCCAGAAUAUCUAGAGCUUCCAGGAACCACAGGCAGAUGAAAUGGCCUAAUCCUCUGCUUUCUGACAAUCAAGCUGCCCUAUCAGAUGAUGAGUUGCAUACCAAUUCCAAAAUAUCUAGUAGAGACCAUGAUUUGUACACACGUCUUGGGCUGUUGCUUGGUGACCGCAUGCCUCUCUCUGGACAAAAACCAAGCAUGGGCAGCCAUAAUUUGGAGGAAUCAUAUGCUAGUAUAUCUUCACUGACUAGUAGUGAAGCCAAUACAACUAAUACCAGUCCUUUGUCUACACUAACAGUUUCAGAUUCUUCAGAUAUUGAUCCUCUCUCUUGUUCUGGUGGUUUGAGAACUAACAGUCGAGAUCAGAGUUCUGACAGUGUCAUGUCACUUAUGAGUACCAGUACAGGACAUAGUUCAUGUAGUAGUCCCAUUGGAAUGCAGUUCCAGAGACAUGCCCCAGCAAGGACAAGUGAUAGUUUUGUACAGUUUGCCAAGCGUAAUUUAAAUCGUCGUCAGAUGCAUCAUAAAAGUGAUGAAUCUGCCUUAAAUUUUUCAGCUCUUGGAAGAAAAAGCAGCACAGCUAAGUUAUUAAAUAAAACCUUAAAACCUCUUUACUUUGAGGUUCCACAAGCAGAACCAGAUCCUCUAUUUCUUGGGAGACAGUGGUUGUUCAAAGAAAUUGAACAGGAUUUGAUAACAGAUUCCAAAGGAAAGCGAGCAAUUGUGAUAACAGGUGGUCCUGGAAGUGGCAAAACUGCCAUUGUUUCACAGCUGAUUGAGUAUAGUUCCUUUAGAGUAAAGAAAGAAGAUGCCAUUUAUCAUGAUAUACAAUCACUAGAUGGAAGUGACUACAACAUGUCCAAUUCCAGUAGCAGUGAUUCUGGCUUGUAUCAGUCUAUCUCCACUUUACAUCAUAGUGGUGCUCGUUCCUUGGGCAACCGUGUGGUUGCUUACCACCUCUGUCAAACUGACAAUAAUAUCACAUGUCUUGUGCCAGAAUUUGUACAUAGUAUUGCUGCUCAUUUGUGCAGAGCUCCUCAAUUAGCUGCUUAUAGAGAUCUGGUUGCUAGGGAUCAAAGGCUGCAAGAUCUAUUGAGUAUGCCUUCUUGUAUAGCUGAUGUAAAUGCAGCAUUUCGUUUAGGAAUUUUGGAGCCUCUUAGUAAUUUAAGAAGCAAAAAUAAAAUUCCUAAUACCACUUGUCUCCUUGUGAUAGAUGGUCUGAAUGAGGCUGAAUACCAUCGCCCUGAUUAUGGUGACAGUAUUGCCUCAUUUCUUAUUCGUCACUUUGAAGCUUUUCCACCAUGGCUUAAGCUCUUUGUAACUAUUAGAACUAGUUAUGGUGAAAUUGUAAAGAAAUUACCUUCUCAUUAUAUUUCACUGGACAAGGGAUCCAGCAGCGAAAAUAUUCAGAAAGAUCUGUGCACUUAUAUUAUGCACAGAAUUAACACAAGUUCCUCUAUACGUGCCAACAUCACUGUAAAUAAUAGUAAAGUGGAAGGCUCAUCCACCUCCAAGUUUGCCAGUCAUCUUGCCAAUCUAAGCAAAGGAUGCAUUCUCUACAUUCGUCUCACAUUAGACCUCAUUGAGAAAGGCCAUUUGGUCGUUAAGAGCAGCAGUUAUCGUGUGCUUCCUGUAUCUCUAAGCGAAGUCUACACCCUCAGUUUUAAUUUGAAGUUCACUACGAUUAAGUCUUAUGAAAGAGUGAGCGCUAUUCUUCAAAUCUGCCUUGCGUCUUUGUAUCCACUGACUCUGCAAGAGCUUUUUAACACUUUAAAUGCUAAAUGUGUGAGCAAUGGCAUUUCUUGGGAAGAAUUCAUGAUACGUAUGGACGUGCUUACCACCUGCCAUUUCUUAGUGACUCGCCAGGAUGGUACUGUCAUGUUCGUGCAUCCCUCCAUGAGGGAGUGGCUCUGUAAGAGAGAAGAAAAUGAGAGCCAAAAAUUCCUUUGUGAUCCUCGAUUGGGUAGUGCCGCCAUAGCCUUCCGUAUAAGUCGAAGCUCACAACCAAAGUCGCAAGACGAUUGUAUAGAGCUUGGACAUCAUGUGUUGAGAGCACACAUAUACAAAACCACACCAAAAGAAUAUCUGCAUGGAUGUCUUCCUAGAGAUCUUCAAGCCUACUGGAUCAACUUGGGAACCAACUGUAUCGAAUCCUCCUUAGGCUCACUACGAAAUAUAUAUAGCCCCAAUGUGCUGGUGAGUCGUUUACUUCUUUUGGCUGGUGCAAGUCCUAACUAUCUAGUUCCUACCUUGGACAAUAUGCCCAUUCUAGCAGUGGCUGCACAGCAUGGAUUCCUGGGGAUGGUGUCUCUCUUGUUGGAAUUUGGAGCAAAAGUCAAUACAGUUUCCAACAGCGGAGUGGGAGCUUUGACUUUGGCAUGCCAAAGGGGAUUUUUAGAUAUUGUGACGUUACUAGUAGCUAAUGGAGCAAAGGUUAAUCAAUUGGAUGAUGAAGGAAAGUGUCCAGCUGUUCAUGCUGCAUCUAAAGGCCAUUUAGAUGUACUCAUGUAUUUAUUCCAAUGUGAAUGGCCAUCAGAACCAGGAUGUGGGCCUACAUUGAUUCAAGCUGCUCAGUGUUCACUGGUAGCAGCUGCUUUCAAUGGACAUCACAAUGUCUGUGAAUACUUGUUGGACAUGCCAGAUGUGCGGGUCAGUGAGCUGGACUCUUUGACAGGGCAUUCUCCAUUAACAGCUGCCAGCACUGCAGGACAUAUUCAGUGUUGCAAUGUUCUGCUGCGAAGAGGAGCGUCAGUGACUGCUAUCAACAGGCAGAAGGACUCACCUUUAUUGUGUGCGGCAGCUGAAGGGCAUUGGGAGGUAGUGGAGAAACUGCUUAUGCAUGGAGCUUCUUUGGAACAAGCUGACAGUUCAGGAAGAACUCCUCUUAUGCUGGCAGCUAUGUCUGGCCGUCCUGUACUGGAAUUAUUAUUAUCUAAAGGUGCCUCUGUUGAUAUGAAGGAUAAAGAAGGCCUGACUGCUCUAAGCUGGGCCUGCCUGAAAGGUCACUUACAAGCUGUUCAAUGCCUCUUGAGCCAUGGAUCUGACCCUAAUAGUACUGAUGAUAGUGGACGCACUCCAUUAGAUUUUGCUGCUUUCCAUGGGGACCCUGAAAUAGUCCAGUUGCUGAUGGAUUCUGGUGCUUUAUGUGAGCAUGUUGAUGUGACAGGUAUGCGGCCAUUAGACAGGGCAAUUGCCUGCAAAAAUGCUGGUGCAGUGGCCAAAUUUUUGCACAAGGGCUCAAAAAUAAGCAAUCAAACUUGGACAAUGGCCCAAGGAAAUUCUGAAAUUAUCAUUCUUCUUUUGAAUAAAUUACUCGGAGAUGCUACUCAGCUUUGCAAAAAGGGCCAGCUAAGAGAAUCGCAACACAGGUAUCUUUAUGCCCUGAAGAAAUUUCCAGCUGAAAAUACUGUUGGAUUAGAUCGUAGAUUUCAUCAACUCAAAUAUCAAUUGCUGUUAGGCUUAUCACGUUGUCGGAGAAAACUGAACGAACCGAAACUUGCUAUCGAAGCAGCCGAACAAGCAAUUGCAAUGAAACCGAAUUCUUUCGAAGGAUACUAUGCUAGGGGAAGGGCCCGAGAAGCUCUUGGCUUACAUGAAAAUGCUCUAACGGACAUAAUGGAAGCUCUCCGAGUUGCUCCUCAAAAUCAAGAACUGAGAAGUGUUCUGAUGCGAUUGAAAGAGCAGAUCUCUGGGAGUGAGAAAGAUUCCUACUGUGAUAAUAGCAGAAAAGAAAGCUCUUAUGGAUUCAGUGGUCCAGAUUUGCCAACAAUGGGAAACUUUGGUUCUACAGAAACACUUGACCAGUUGUGCAACAUGACUUUGAAUAUUGCAGAAGAUCUCAACCACCUGUUACAGAAAGACAGAAUGCAAGACAGUGGAUGUGAGAGCAUACACUAAUUGGGGAGAUAAAGACUGAAAUAUAGACUAUUAUUUGUACAAAUAUUACCUGUAGAUUUAUAACAUGGAUAUAGAACCAAUCAAAACGGUUGCACAUUUGCUUACUGACAUUAUUCAUUUUGUUGAAAUUUUGAUAUAGUAGUGAUUUUCAUUUCUUCCUUUAUCAUUCUAUAACUACUUUUUAUAAUAUGCAAUCUGAUCAGAAUUUUAUAAUAUAUAAUCUUUAAAAAAUUUUUUUGAAUGAAUACAGCAUUGUGUCAUUCUUUUAAUAAAAAUCUUUAAAAAAUUAUUUCUCUAUUGAAAUGCAUUUCUAAUUGUUUGCUCUUUAAUUUUCCAUAUUUGAUUCAAUUGCUUCAUUUUAUAAUUUUUUAAAAUAUAACUAGCAAUAUAUUGAUUUUUUUAUAGAUUUAUUUUUGAUUUGAAAUGAACAAGCUGCUAUUAGGAUUAUAUGAAGAUGGAUUUGAGGUUUUAAUCCCUUAAUAUGGCUCUUUCAGCAUUUUAAUAAUAUGGAAAAGAAAUUAGAAAACACAUUUACUCAAUCUGAAAAAAUCUGUGCACUUUUGUAAUAGCUUGAUAAUAAUUGUUCCCAAUCAUAAGUAUUGGUACAAAAAAUAUUUUCUAUUAAUUUGAAAAUCCCAAAAAUGUGCACUAAGUGUAGAAACCUUUCUCAAUGUAAUGCUGGUGAGUUGCUGCAUUUGGCAAACAUGGCAUGCAUUUUAGAUUUUGCCAUACUAAUGAAAAUUUAGGGCAUAAUUUGGCUGUUAGCCAGCUGAAAAAAAUGCCAAAUUUUACUUUCAUUCCAUUUUUAUAAUUGUAAACCUAUCUAAUCAACGUCAUUUUUUCUUUAAAAAAAUGAUUUUGACUAUCAUUUAGAAUAUUGCUUCAAAGUUAAAGGAAUGUAUGGAUGUUUCAUUAGGGUUAAGGUUGUGGAAAAUGUAAUUUUUUUUUUAUAUUUAUUUAUUUGAUUGGUAGAGCAGUGGCUCUUAAUCAUUUGAUUUAAAAGUUUUAAAAUUAUAUUCUUAUUAAUGAAACAAUUUGGCAUUGAUUCGUUAAAUUUGAUUAGUCUGAUUUAAAACUCAAAAUUAAAUUCAGAAAUUUUAAAAUGAAAUAUAUAUAUAUAUCAGAAUUUCUACAUUCUGAAUGAUUAAUAACCACUGUUCUAUAGAUUUUUUAGUAAAAUUUUUUAUUUGUUGUAGCACACAAUUUUUAUUCAAAAUAUUCUGAAACUUAUAAUUUUUAUAAUUUCUUUAAAUGUAUAUAUUUCUGUUGUAAAUAUUUUUUGUACAGUAAUAAUUAAACUAGUUUACAAAUGUAGUGGAAAUUUUUAUAGUGAUGUAUAUAUACAUAUUUUUUCUUUUAUUAGGGAUUUUUCUUAUAAGAUCAGUAUUUUUGCAAAUGAAAUUAAGAUUUUUCAUAAUUUACUGCAUACUCACAUUAUAUGUAUAUAUAUGAUACUUAGCCAUUAUAUGAUAUAUGAAUAAUACAUAACCAAAUUA